CUUCUCCCAGUAAGGUCCUACUCAUUUUGUUUAUAAAUCCCUUUCCCUCCUUCACUUCGCAGUAUAGACCAGUUCCCUCUUGUUCUUCUUCUAUCCAAUUCCGUACCGAAUCAUCAAUCACAGUAUGGCAGCCAUGGCCACUGCAACCCUGACCUCUUCCAUCUCUUCAAACCCGAAAUCUUCUUUCAUCCACAACAAGAUACCUUCUUCAAUUCCUUCUCGCUUCACUCCUGUUAAAUCUUCGAUCUCCAUGUCCCUAAACACUCCCUCCUACGACCUCAAUUCCUUCAAGUUCCAACCCAUCAAAGAAUCCAUCGUCUCCCGCGAAAUGACCCGCCGUUACAUGACAGACAUGAUCACCUACGCCGACACCGACGUCGUCAUCGUCGGAGCCGGUUCUGCUGGCCUCUCCUGCGCCUACGAGCUCAGCAAGAACCCCUCUGUCAGCGUGGCCAUCAUCGAACAAUCUGUCAGCCCCGGCGGCGGUGCAUGGCUCGGCGGGCAGCUCUUCUCGGCUAUGGUUGUCCGCAAGCCGGCCCACAUGUUCCUCGACGAGCUCGGGAUCGAGUACGACGAGGCUGAGGACUACGUGGUCAUUAAACACGCGGCUCUGUUUACUUCGACGAUCAUGAGCCAGCUUCUCUCACGGCCGAACGUGAAGCUGUUCAACGCGGUGGCGGCAGAGGAUUUGAUCGUGAAGGAAGGGAGGGUGGCCGGAGUUGUGACCAACUGGGCGUUGGUGUCGAUGAACCACGACACACAAUCAUGCAUGGACCCGAACGUGAUGGAGGCGAAGGUGGUGGUGAGCUCGUGCGGGCACGACGGGCCUUUCGGAGCGACGGGGGUUAAGAGAUUGAAGAGCAUAGGGAUGAUCGACAGCGUCCCAGGAAUGAAGGCGUUGGACAUGAAUACUGCCGAGGAUGAUAUUGUUCGACUAACUAGGGAGGUUGUGCCUGGCAUGAUCGUCACGGGCAUGGAAGUUGCAGAGAUUGACGGAGCCCCCAGAAUGGGUCCAACGUUUGGGGCGAUGAUGAUAUCGGGGCAGAAGGCGGCGCAUUUGGCUUUGAAGGCGUUGGGGAGGAACAAUGCCAUUGAUGGAACAUACGAGCUCGGAAGACAAGAACAGCCCGAGCUUCUUUUUGCAUCCGCUGAAAUUGAUCCAGACAUUGUUGAUGCUUAGAAAUUAUAAGCUCAACAUGAAAAAUCUUCCUUUUUCCUUUUUGUUUAGUCUUUCUUGUUCAUGAUCUUCUAUUUUGUUACUCCCCCUUUUAUUAUCCGGGAAUAAAUGGAUAAAAUUCACAGUAUCUUUUACAUGGAACAAUCCAGACUUUGUACAAUUAUUCUGCAGAGGAUGUCUGUUACAGAUUUCUUAUGUCCUCGCCUAGAGCAAAGUACGAAGAUAAACAGCAAAAGUGGGCCAAUAUUAUCCGAAAUGGAGCUCAUGUUAAUGUU